AUGUCAAUGUCUUCAGAGCUAGAUGUGCCACGGCACAUGAGAAGUCCCGGCGACGACGGCUACCGGACUCCGACAAUUGAAGAUGCGGAGCGGGCCCUCUCUAUCCUUGGCGUGGUGGACUCCCGGCCUCCCAGCCAAGCGCAUGCCGUGCACUCCACGGCCUUGGAGAGCGUUCUCCAGCGAUUGCCGUCGCGGGCGACGGACAGAGCGCACAAAGAAAAAGAGAAGACGAAUCCGAAAUGUCUUGACCAUGACUACGAUCUUUACCGCACGACUACGGACGCCUCUGCCAGCACGCUCAGCUGGAAGAAACGCAUUCGCCAUGUGACGUGGGCGUAUUUCACUAGCACGAUGGCUACGGGUGGUCUGGCUAAUGUGCUAUACCAGGUACCUUACCGGUUUCGCGGCCUCGAUACGAUAGGCAUCGUUGUCUUUCUGUUUAAUAUCGCUUUAUACCUUUUCAUUUGGGGCCUGUUGAUCGCCAGAUUCUAUCACUACCCGUAUACAUUCAAAGCGUCCUUUCUGCACCCGACGGAAUCAUUAUUCGUGCCCGCGUCCGUUGUCUCCUUCGGAACAAUACUGAUCAACGUCUCUCAAUAUGGCCCCGAAAACGCGGGGCCUUGGUUACUCGAGGCUGUCGAUGUAUUGUUCUGGUUUGACGCCGCUCUCGCCGUGAUAUUGUCCGCUGGUAUCUACCUCCUUUUAUGGUCAACCCAAACCUUCACAAUUGCCCAGAUGACACCCAUCUGGAUCUUCCCCGCAUACCCAAUGCUCAUAAUCGGACCUCACGCCGGCUGUCUGAGCGCGAAAUUGGACCCCGCGCGCUCGCUGCGCGUCAUUAUCGGCGGCACCACGAUCCAGGGCGUUGGAUUCCUGGUCUCGAUGAUGGUAUACUCUGCCUUUAUCUACAGACUCAUGACGCAAAAGCUUCCGAAAGAGAAUAUCCGGCCAGGAAUGUUCGUCUCCGUCGGACCGAGCGGGUUUACCGUUGCGGGGAUCGUGAAUAUGGCCGCUGAAGCGAAGCGCUCGUUUCCCGCGGACUUUAUGGGCAAUGGGCCUCUUGCUGCGGAUAUUUUGCGGGUUGUGGUUGAUUUUGCGGCUCUUUGGCUGUGGGGGUUGGCUAUUUUCUUCUUUAUUAUUGCCAGUGCGGCUCAUUGGUCUGCGAUUGGGCCUGGGAAGAUGGUCUUCUCGAUGACUUGGUUUUCGUUUAUAUUUCCUAAUACUGCGUUGAUUACAGCGACAUUUGCGAUUGGGAAAGCGUUUGAUUCCAAGGCUAUCAAUAUUGUUGGGUGUGCGGCGAUAUUCCCGCUGCUGCUUAUGUACUUUUUUGUUUGUUACAUGAUGAUUCGGGCUAUUGUUUGCCACCAGAUUUUGUGGCCGCAAAAGGGUGAGGAUCGCGAUGAGGGUGGAUUUGAAAUCCAUGUCAUUAAGCCUGGCGCUGAGACAUCGGAGGAUGACAUGAUGGUAUAG